AUGCUUCGUGGCGCUGAUUCAAAGACAUCUCUCCUCCAUUUCAUGCUCGUCGUUGGUGGUGAUUUUAUGUUAACCUUAGAAGAUCUGAAGGUUGUUGGUAUGGAUUUGGAUAUCAAUGUUGAUGUGGGGAGGCUAGAUGCCGAACUAUUGCAGCUUCCGGAGGUGUCUUCUUUAGCAGUCAAAGCCAACCCUUAUGUGGCGGAGAAACUCUUUGAUCAGUGGCUAUCUCUUCUCGAAACCAAUUCGCUGGUGAAAUCCUUGCUCAAUAAUGCUAAAGGAGCAGGUGCGUUAAGUUUCUCCGGGACAUUAUCCAGCGGAAAUGUUACAACAAGCACUUCAUUGCCUUCAAUGUUUCCAGCUGGCAGUACUCCUCCACUUUCACCGAGAAGUUCAUCGGGUUCACCUCGUAUCACGAGGCAUAGAGCUAGCCCAGGCCCAUCUGCUCUAGGUUCUCCACUGAAAUUAGUGAGUGAGCCAGUGAAGGAGCUUAUACCUCAGUUCUACUUCCUUAAUGGCCGGCCACCUCCAAAUGAAUUGAAAGAACGUUGUUUGUUCAGAAUCAAUCAGUUUUUCUACAGUCAUGUUGAUGGACUCCAAAUGCACGAAUUCAAACUGGUAACAAAAGAAAUCUGCAAGCUACCGUCAUUCUUCUCUUCUGCACUGUUCAGAAAGAUGGAUGUCGAAGGCACGGGAACUGUGACCAGAGAUGCAUUUGUCAACUAUUGGAUUAAUGGAAAUAUGUUGACAAAAGACAUAUCAGCACAAAUAUACACAAUAUUGAAGCAGCCAGAUGUCAGGCACUUGGCUCAGGAUGACUUCAAACCUGUGCUUCGAGAACUAUUGGCAACUCAUCCAGGGUUGGAGUUUUUACAGAGUACUCCUGAAUUUCAAGAAAGAUAUGCUGAAACUGUAAUAUACAGAAUAUUUUACUACGUGAAUAGAUCUGGUAAUGGUCGUCUUACCCUCAGGGAGCUGAAACGUUCGAACUUAAUUGCUGCAAUGCAGCAUGCUGAUGAGGAAGAGGAUAUUAACAAAGUUUUGAGGUACUUCUCUUAUGAACAUUUUUACGUGAUAUAUUGUAAGUUCUGGGAGCUGGAUACAGAUCAUGAUUUUUUAAUCGACAAAGAGAAUCUCAUCAGAUAUGGUAAUCAUGCACUUACCUACAGGAUUGUUGAUCGAAUAUUUUCUCAGGUCCCCAGAAAAUUCACCUGUAAGGUUGAGGGAAAGAUGGGAUAUGAAGAUUUCAUUUAUUUCAUAUUGGCAGAGGAAGAUAAAUCAUCUGAGCCUAGUCUUGAAUACUGGUUCAAGUGCAUAGAUUUAGAUGGUAAUGGAGUUAUUACGAGGAACGAAAUGCAAUUCUAUUAUGAGGAGCAGUUGCACAGAAUGGAGUGCAUGGCCCAAGAGCCUGUGCUUUUCGAAGAUAUUUUAUGUCAGAUAGUUGACAUGAUCAAUCCAGAGGGAUCAGGUUUUCCGGUGCAGAUAAAUGGAAAGCACAAACUAAAUGUGGGUUUGGUUGGGCAAAGAUGUGCUGAGUACCUUGGCGUCGCCUUUCACAAGUGUGCCUCGCAACAGCUAUUUGAGGUGCCAGGCCUGGCCAUGCUCGCCUCACGCCUCGCCUAUCUUACGUUACGUGAUUUAAAAGGAAGCAAACUCUCAGGCAGUGUUUUCAAUAUUCUUUUUAACCUGAACAAGUUCAUGGCUUUUGAGACACGGGAUCCAUUUCUUAUUCGCCAGGAGCGUGAGAACCCAAAUUUGACGGAGUGGGAUCGCUUCGCACACAGAGAAUAUAUACGGCUUUCAAUGGAGGAAGAUGCUGAAGAUGCCUCCAAUGGAAGUGCAGAUGUUUGGGAUGAAUCACUGGAGGCUCCAUUUUAAAUUCUGCUUGGUGUCUAUGGAGUCUUCUUUCACUUUGUAGCAGUAAUUGCGUGGGACAAGUUGUGAAUUAGGAUUGCACGAUCUGAGUCCACAAAAUGAUACAUGUGUGUUUAAAGCCGCCUCAGGAAUUUUGAGUUGACCUGUAUGUAUGUAAGAAGCUUGCCAAUAUGUAUUUGUUAUUGCUACAGUGGGGGCUCUGGAAAUGGCAUAUAUAGAAAACCAACAGGUUAUGCUUUCCCAACAACGGUAGCGCUUAUAUUAGCACAGUUGUAAGAAUCUGUCUAUUAAUUAUUUCUUUUAGAACUAAUGAUUCUGGGGAGCUUUCUUUAAAAACCCAAUCCCUUAAUCAUCUUACAUGUUAGUCCUUAUACAUAA